CCCAAAGGUUCGAGGCGAGCUCAGUGACGGCCUCUCGGUCUCGGUCAGCGACGGCUUCAAGGGCGCAUGAGUCGAAGCCAAGGCAGGCUUGGAGGCAGGCGCAAGCGCAGCAAGCGGCAGCAAGUUGUCCUAUCCCCCGCGAUAUCAUUCCACCUCGACUUCUUCGCAUUGAUCCCCACGCUACCAUCUCAACGUCGCAUCGCAUCGCCGCCUUACUCCCUUUGCGAUCGAGAUCAUACUCAUCUUCCCGCCGAGCGUUGUUGCGGCUACCCCUCGGGGUUAAAAACAAAGGACCGAUUCGUGAUCAUCGAAAUCGUACUGCCCCCCGCUCGAAUUCACCUUCGUGACUCAACGACAGGAUGGCUUCCUCGAACCAAAACUUCUAUUUCCCUCCCAGCCUGGGCGAGGCUGAAAAGACGCCCUCUGAUCAGACGUCGCCUGACAAGGACACCAACGUCAAUCAGCAGCCUACCUCCAUCCUCGCUGGCCUAAACGCAUUCGACGGCGAUGAAUCGACAGGAGCCGAUGCCGAGAGCACCGCCAGUGCCAACUUUGCCGACCAGCUCGCCCUCUGGACCAACGCCAAUUUCUCCUUCGAUGGGCCUACAGGCCAUGCUCUGCUCCUCGACGAGGACAAGGACGACGACCAGAACCAGCCCAGCGGGAGUGGGGGCAAUCAGAAUGGGCAGCAAAAUGGCGUUGCCCAAGGCAACGGGGGCGGCAACAAUGGCAAUGGCGACGUAGCUGGACAUGACGGCGUCCCUGCUGAGCCCACGCAUCGCGACCACAAGCAGCAGGCUGAUCAGCAUCAGCAGAGCCAGUACUUUGCUCCGCCUUCUUCUGCUGCGGGUGAAGGGCGUAGGCCUGGACGGAGUACGGGGUUCCGCGAUGAGCUUGCUCGUCGCAAUGCCGAGAACUCGACGCCAAAUGGUACCUCGGGCAAUGCUGGCGGCAGCGGAAACGGUAGCGGUGACUCAUCUCUGCCUUUCUCCGUAGGCCAGAACGCCUUCUCUGCGUUCAGCGCCAGCGACGAUGGUCGUCAACAGCAGCAGCAAGCGGCUCAGCCUCAACUUCAGUCCCAGCCUCAUCAGCAAGCUCAUCAGCAGCAGCAGCAACAGCAGCAGUCCGCCUCAUUCAAUGCUCUGGGCAAUUUCGGCGGUGUGCCGUCCAUGUCUCCUGACCUCUUGCAAGCCCUCGCCUUCCAACAACUCCUCUCCGGAGUGCAGAAUCCCUUCGCGCAGGGCAUGAUGGGUAUGAGCGGCUUCAAUCCUGCCUUUGGUGGAGCGGGCGGUUUUGGCGGCAUGGGGAUGCUCGGCCAGUUCAUGCCGAAUGCCGUGGAUGCUCAACAACAACAGCAGCAGCAGCAGCAGCAGCAACAGCAACACCGCUCUUCGUGGCAGUCACAGCGGGGUUCAUCCAAUACGCCGUCAGACGACGAGCUUGAGGACGACAGCGCGAAGCACACCAAGGCGUCCGGCUCCACCUCCUCCAAAGCGUCGGGCAAGAAGCGUCGCGUCUCCUCUGCAUCGGCAAGCAAGUCAGAGAAAGCCAAAGCGGCCGCUGAAGCUGCUGCAAUCGCCGCAGAAGAAGCAGAGAUUGGUCGUGCAGCCCGCGAGGAAAUCCCCCCUCUCCAGCUCAUCGACACGGGCAAUCCAGAGGCCGACGCAGAGGCCAAUCGCCUCGCCAUCGAAGAGGACAAGCGUCGCCGCAACACUGCUGCGUCCGCUCGCUUCCGUAUCAAGAAAAAGGCACGCGAGCAAGCGCUCGAGCAAACUACGAAGGAGCUCGAGGGCAGGGUGAGGGAAUUGGAGGAGCAGAACUCUGCGCUUACGACCGAGAACGGCUGGCUCAAGAGCCUCAUCACCAUCAGACCAGGAGGCAACGGUGUUGCGACCAACGCGAAUGCAUUGGGCGGAGGUGGUCUAGCAGGAGCUAUGGGCUUCGUCUCACCGCAAAUGGCCGCUGCAGCAGGCAUGAUGCCGCCUCACUUCAAGGACGCACAGCAACAACAGCAGAUGAUGAUGUUCGCCAAUGCUCAGAACGGCGAUGCGAGGGAUACUGGGCUGCGUCCUCGUGGCGUCGGCACGGCUGAGGCUGGUGGCUCUGGCUCUUCCUCUCAGCGAUCUCAGAACGGUAAAGGGAAGAGGGGACGCGACGAGUAGGCGAGCAAAGUCAGCUCUCCGCCGUCAUUUCGCCCGCCUCUGGCUCCUCCCCCACAAAAGUCUCACAUCAUCUACUAUCCCUUCCCAUCGUGUCACCCUUCGGUCCACCCCCUCUCCUCUCCCUCGCACUCCUUCCUCUAUAUCCUCUUCCCAUAGACGAUUCGUGUAUUUAGUCCAGUCCAACCUGUUCUCCUAGCUCUCAGUCCAACCUGGUUGUCAGAUCUCGUGUUUCUCUUUUGUCGUUUCUUCUGUAUCUCUUUACGACCUCCAACAGGUCACCUCAAGGUCUCCAACAGACCUUCUUUUAAUCAUUCAGCCAGAUCACUCGUAGACAUCAGCGUUGCGUGAGG